CCUCGACACCUCCUGUCUGCUACGUGGAUCACGCCUGCUUCGUGGAGCGUUGGCUGUGAAUGUGCGCCUGCCGUCAAAGCGCGGUCGAGUGCGCGUUGGGCCUGGGAGCAGCACCAUGUGGCCCUCCCAGCAUGCCUUUGUCUCGGUGCGGUGGAACUUGGUCGUCGGCGCCAACCCCGUCCUUUUCGAGUAGGGUCCAAAGAGCCGAGGCGAAAAGACUAGGCAAGGUUCCAGGCGAGAGCGGAAUGAGGGCCUCGCGCUUCUGCUUUGAGGCUGCAGCCCUUGGAGCUGCGAUGGCCCUUGGAACUGGCGGCCCCAGGAGGCGACCACAACAUUGCACGGCCCAGACCUCUGGUGCCCAAAGGUUCGGGAGGCGGGCGAGUGGCGAUGCAAGCGGCCAAGAGACCCCUGGCACGAGGAGAUCUGAAGGCUGUGGGCGAUGCCUUAACCUUCGAUUGUGAGACAGGCAACUAUCACACCUUCUGCCCGAUUAGCUGUGUGAGCUGGCUUUACCAGAAGAUUGAGGACUCCUUCUUCUUGGUGGUUGGCACCAAGACCUGCGGCUACUUCCUCCAGAAUGCCAUGGGUGUGAUGAUUUUUGCUGAGCCUAGGUAUGCCAUGGCCGAACUCGAGGAGGGCGACAUCUCGGCACAGCUCAGCGACCUCGCCGAGCUGCGGCGGCUCUGCACACGGAUCAUCGAGGAUCGCAAUCCCUCGGUGAUUGUUUUGAUCGGCACUUGUACGACGGAGAUCAUCAAGAUGGACAUGGAGGGCAUCGCGCCGAAGCUGGAGGCGGAGCUUGGGGUUCCAAUUGUGGUGGCCCGUGCCAAUGGCUUGGACUAUGCUUUCACGCAGGGAGAGGACACCGUGCUGGCUGCCAUGGCAGCACGUUGCGAAGUAGCUGAUCAUGUGCCAACAGUCCCGGCGGCUUUGCCAGGGGCAAAGUCUCAUGCGCCCUUGGUGAUCUUCGGGUCCCUGCCGGAUACAGUGGCCAAGCAGCUGGAGUUGGAGCUGAAGAAGCAAGGCAUCACCGUCAGCGGGUGGAUGCCAUCCAGCAAGUACCAAGAUCUGCCUGAGGUCGGCCCUAAUGUGCAUGUGGUGGGAGUGAACCCGUUCCUCUCUCGAACUGCCUCGGUGCUGGUGCGGCGCAAAAAGUGCAAGCUGAUCAAUGCGCCAUUUCCGAUUGGUCCUGACGGCACGCGUGCAUGGGUCGAGGCCAUCUGCCAGAGCUUGGACAUUGAGCCACAAGGCUUGGAGGAGCGCGAGCGGGCAGCCUGGCAGGCGGCCAAGGAGUACACGGAGAUCCUCAAGGACAAGACGAUUUUCUUCAUGGGAGACAACCUGCUUGAGGUCUCCUUGGCAAGGGCCCUCACACGCGCCGGGAUGACGGUGCUGGAGGUGGGGAUCCCCUACAUGGACAAGCGAUUCCAAGCCUCCGAGCUUCAACUGCUCAUUGAGACCUGCAAGGAGAUGGGGAAGCCCUUACCGCGGAUCGUUGAGAAGCCUGACAACUACAACCAAGUCAAGCGCAUCUCCGAGUUGAAGCCUGACUUGGCCAUCACUGGAAUGGCGCACGCCAAUCCCUUGGAAGCCCGUGGCAUUAGCACCAAGUGGAGUGUGGAGUUCACCUUCCAACAUAUCCAUGGCUUUACCAAUGUCAAGGACUUGUUCGAGUUGGUAACUCGCCCAUUGCGGCGGAACCAGAGCCUGCCUUCACGGUGGAAGACCUUCGUUCGCAAUGAGGAGGCCGUUGUGGCGGAGGCGAAGAUGCCAGCUGAUGCACGAGUGGAACUUUGAGUCCGUUAAAAAUAGUGUGAGUGGAUCCUUUUGAAGUGUAUUCCAAAGUAAGG